CAACCCCACUGUCAUGACAACCUCGCUGACGCUUAAAGAGAGGGACUACCUGCUGAAACUGGACGGAAAGCACACAAACGGGAUUUCAACGUUUUUCAACUGAUAAUUGAACUUGACUAUGACGCAGCUGUUCUCCUAAGACAACGGGGCAUGCGUUUCUUCGACUCCCUCUGGACAGAACCGAAGCCAAUAGAAACAACCGGGACUCAUCGCCAGCUGGUUAUUAUCGAUGCAUUUAACCAGGCCAAAGUCCUCCAAAGGGCGAAGCAGAGCCCCUCUGUAUUCAGCGGACCCCGGCAGCCUCCCGAGACCGCCUGUGUCUCCACAUUGUCCCGUGUCCAGCAGACCAGACAGGACCCACCACUCCCAGUCCCAGGAUGAGGUUCUGCAGAUGCUGCAACACGCCCCCCCUGCCCCACCACAGUCCUUAAACAAGUAUAAGGUUCUUCCAUCCAUAGCGGGGAGGCAGUCAGAGGGGAGUACCGGGACAGGCCUGGACAAAAAGAUCUCCAAGCUCAGCCUGUCUGACCAUGCGAUCCAUCAGCUAAGGCAGUCAGACCCCCCAGCAGUGAAGGAUGUGAGCCAUAGCAGCAGCUCUGUGGUGGAUAAGAGGGCCAAGCCCCCUGAUCCAGGAUCAGUAGUUACCAAAGAAGCUGGCAGGUUGCUCCUAGCCAUCCGAGCACCAUGUGGCAGAAGGUUUCAGGAGCACUUUGAGCCCACAGACACUCUUCUGAUGGUGAGAACCAGGGCAGAGAUCCUGCAUGGAGCACAGUAUGGAGAGGCCUCCAUUGAGACCAUGGAUUUACCACGCAGGACCUUCACAGACAUGGACAUGACCCUGGCCCAGUGUGGCGUCCUGAACAGAUCGGUGCUGUGCAUCUCUCAGAAUGGCAGUGUGGGGGGGCAUGAGUGAGCUUCACUGAAUUUUUGCAGUUGAAGACUGGCAUCGUGGUGUAGCUUUACAUCCCUCCUCAAAAAAAUGGUUUUGCUUUUUGCUUGAGCUCCACUGUGCAGAAAGGUGUGAGGCUGUUUUCACAAUGUACUCUGAAGGAGGAGAGUUUCUCUGCGCUCACCUUACGUCAUAUGCACGUGUACAUGUUAGCACUGUGGAGCAGUAUGGAGUUGAACAUGAUAAAAGCAUCUCUCAGACUUUCUGGGGCUCCAUAAGGUGCAUUAAAUGUGAAGGUUUUACUACUUCAUUUGACUUUUUAUGUGGG